AUGCUCAAUAGAUUGACCAGAACAGCAUCUAUUUUCAAGAGAUUUUCCUCUAACAUGUCUGAACAAGCUGCUGCUGCCACCGCCGCUGGUGCUUCUGCUAAAAAUGCUUCAAAGAAGUCAAAACUACAGGUUUCUUUAAAGACUCCAAAAGGUACUAAAGAUUGGGCUGAUACCGAUAUGGUUAUUAGAGAAGCUAUCUUCAAUACUUUAUCCAAUAUUUUUAAAAGACAUGGUGGUGUUACCAUUGACACUCCUGUUUUUGAAUUACGUGAAAUUUUAGCUGGUAAAUAUGGUGAAGAUUCUAAACUAAUUUAUGAUUUGAAAGAUCAAGGUGGGGAAUUAUGUUCUUUACGUUAUGAUUUGACUGUUCCAUUUGCCAGAUAUGUCGCUAUGAACAAUAUCCAAAACAUUAAAAGAUACCAUAUCGCUAAAGUUUACAGAAGAGAUCAACCUGCCAUGACUAAAGGUCGUAUGAGAGAGUUCUACCAAUGUGAUUUCGAUAUUGCUGGUGCUUACGAAUCAAUGGUUCCUGAUGCUGAAUGUUUAUCUAUUCUAGUUGAAGGUUUGACUGGCUUAGGUAUUAAUGAUUUCAAAAUCAAAUUAAAUCACAGAAAAAUUUUAGACGGUAUUUUCCAAAUCGCUGGUGUUUCAGAUGAAGAUGUCAGAAAAAUCUCCUCUGCUGUCGAUAAAUUAGAUAAAUCUCCAUGGGAUGUUGUCAAGAAAGAAAUUACCGAAGAAAAGGGCCAAUCUGAAGAAACCGCUAAUAAGAUCGGUGAAUACGUUAAAUUAAAUGGUUCAUUACAAGAAGUUUAUGAUAAAUUAAACAGUGAUCCAGAAAUUGUUGCAAACGAAAAAGCUACUCAAGGUUUAGCAGAUAUUGCAACUUUGAUUAAAUAUGCUGAUGCAUUCGGUAUUGACAAGUUUAUUUCCUUUGAUUUGUCUUUGGCUAGAGGUUUAGAUUACUACACCGGUUUAAUCUAUGAAGCUGUUACCUCUGCUUCUGCCCCACCAAAGAAUGCUACUGAAUUGAAGAAAAAAUCUAAAGAAGAUGAAGAUGCCUCUGCUUAUGUCGGUGUUGGUUCCAUUGCCGCUGGUGGUCGUUACGACAAUUUGGUUAACAUGUUCGCUGAAGCUUCUGGUAAGAAGUCUGUUCAAAUUCCAUGUGUUGGUAUUUCAUUUGGUGUUGAAAGAAUUUUCUCAUUAGUAAAACAAAGAGCUGCUGCUGCUGCCGCUAUUAAGCCAACUGCCACUCAAGUUUUUGUCAUGGCUUUUGGUGGUGGUAAGGAUUGGACUGGUUACCUACCAGAAAGAAUGAAGGUUACUAAACAGCUAUGGAAUGCCGGUAUUGAAGCUGAAUACGUUUACAAAGCUAAGGCUAAUCCAAGAAAACAAUUUGACGCUGCUGACAAAUCUGGUUGUCCAUUGGCUGUCAUUUUAGGUAAAGAAGAAUAUUUAGAAAACAAAUUACGUGUUAAAAGAUUAGGACCUGAAUUUGCUGAUGAUGAUGGUGAAUUAAUCGAUGCUAAUGAAUUAAUUCCUAUCAUUAAGGAAAAACUAUCACAAGUCCAUCAAGACGGUGUUAAUGAAGUCACUCGUUUAAUUAGAGGUUUGUAA